GAUCCGCGGGACAAGAAAAUUCAUGCGUCAUCCGUUCUCCCUGACCCCUCUCCAAGCCCCUGGCAACCACUGAUCUACCAUCUCAGAGGGAGAACUGGUGGGCGGUCCUUCCUGUGACACGACCCUUGAGUGACAGUUCUGUUUGAUUGCCUCCAGUACUGUGAGGAAAGGACACGACUCUAUGGUGAGGACUGAUGGACAUACAUUAUCUGAGAAAAGAAACUACCAGCCUCCAGCUCUGAGCUUUCCAAUCCCCAGAGUAGCAAAUGUUGAAAGAAGUUGCACAGGUGACAAACAGCAUGUUUGGUGCUUCAAGAAAGAAGUUUGUAGAGGGGGUCGACAGUGACUACCAUGAUGAAAACAUGUACUACAGCCAGUCUUCUAUGUUUCCACAUCGGUCAGAAAAAGAUAUGCUGGCAUCACCAUCUACAUCAGGUCAGCUGUCUCAGUUUGGGGCAAGUUUAUACGGGCAACAAAGUGCACUAGGCCUUCCAAUGAGGGGGAUGAGCAACAAUACCCCUCAGUUAAAUCGCAGCUUAUCACAAGGCACUCAGUUACCGAGCCACGUCACGCCAACAACAGGGGUACCAACAAUGUCACUUCACACGCCUCCAUCUCCAAGCAGGGGUAUUUUGCCUAUGAAUCCUAGGAAUAUGAUGAACCACUCCCAGGUUGGUCAGGGCAUUGGAAUUCCUAGCAGGACAAAUAGCAUGAGCAGUUCAGGGUUAGGUAGCCCCAACAGAAGCUCGCCAAGCAUAAUAUGUAUGCCAAAGCAGCAGCCUUCUCGACAGCCUUUUACUGUGAACAGUAUGUCUGGAUUUGGAAUGAACAGGAAUCAGGCAUUUGGAAUGAAUAACUCCUUAUCAAGUAACAUUUUUAAUGGAACAGAUGGAAGUGAAAAUGUGACAGGAUUGGACCUUUCAGAUUUUCCAGCAUUAGCAGAUCGAAACAGAAGGGAAGGAAGUGGUAACCCAACUCCAUUAAUAAACCCCUUGGCUGGAAGAGCUCCUUAUGUUGGAAUGGUUACAAAACCAGCAAGUGAGCAAUCUCAAGACUUCUCAAUACACAACGAAGAUUUUCCAGCAUUACCUGGUUCCAGCUAUAAAGAUCCUACAUCAAGUAAUGAUGACAGUAAAUCUAAUUUGAAUACAUCUGGCAAGACAACUUCAAGUACAGAUGGGCCCAAAUUCCCUGGAGAUAAAAGUUCAACAACACAAAAUAAUAACCAGCAGAAAAAAGGGAUCCAGGUGUUACCUGAUGGUCGGGUUACUAACAUUCCUCAAGGGAUGGUGACGGACCAAUUUGGGAUGAUUGGCCUGUUAACAUUUAUCAGGGCAGCAGAGACAGACCCAGGAAUGGUACAUCUUGCAUUAGGAAGUGACUUAACAACAUUAGGCCUCAAUCUGAACUCGCCGGAAAAUCUUUACCCCAAAUUUGCAUCACCCUGGGCAUCUUCACCUUGUCGACCUCAAGACAUAGAUUUCCAUGUUCCAUCCGAGUACUUAACAAACAUUCACAUUAGGGAUAAGCUGGCUGCAAUAAAACUUGGUCGAUAUGGAGAAGACCUUCUCUUCUAUCUCUAUUACAUGAAUGGAGGAGAUGUAUUACAACUUUUAGCUGCAGUAGAGCUUUUUAACCGUGAUUGGAGAUACCACAAAGAAGAACGAGUAUGGAUUACCAGGGCACCAGGCAUGGAGCCAACAAUGAAAACCAAUACAUAUGAGAGGGGAACAUACUACUUCUUUGACUGUCUUAACUGGAGGAAAGUAGCUAAGGAGUUCCAUCUGGAAUAUGACAAAUUAGAAGAACGGCCUCACCUGCCAUCCACCUUCAACUACAACCCUGCUCAGCAAGCCUUCUAAAAAAAGACUUCCCUUUUCUUGGGGUAUGGCUGUCUCAGCACAAUACUCAACAUAACUGCAGAACUGAUGUGGCUCAGGCACCCUGGUUUUAAUUCCUUGAGGAUCUGGCAAUUGGCUUAUGCAGAGGGUCACCAUUUGAGGUCCUGCCUUACUAAUUAUGUGCUGCCCAACAACUAAAUUUGUAAUUUGUUUUUCUCUAGUUCGAGCAGGGUCUGAAUUCUUUCUCGUUUUCUUUUUUGCCAGCAGACAAACUUGGGUCUAUAUAAAGACAAGCAAGUACACUGACAGAAGUUUACCAUUUAGUUUCUAAAAUGUAAAAAAGAAAACCCACAAAAGACUCAAAAUUAGACCACAAAAUUUGCAUUGUUCAUUGUAGCACUAUUGGUAAUAAAAUAACAAAUGUUUGUGCAUUUUUAUGUGAAGAUCCUUCUCGUAUUUCAUUUGGAAAGAUGAGCAAGGUCUGCUUCCUUCAUUUUACUUCCCCUUCUGUUUUUGAAAGGCAGUUUCACCAAGCUUAACGCAAGAAUAUCUGACUGUUUAUAAAGAUAUUGCCACAAUCGCUGGAUGGUUUCCGGGGUUGUGUUAUUACUGAGCUUCAUCUUUCCAGAAUGAGCAAAACACUGUCCAGUCUUUGUUACGAUUUUGUAAUAAAUGUGUACAUUUUUUUUAAAUUUUUGGACAUCACAUGAAUAAAGGUAUGUAUGUACGAAUGUGUAUAUAUUAUAUAUAUGACAUCUAUUUUGGAAAAUGUUUGCCCUGCUGUACCUCAUUUUUAGGAGGUGUGCAUGGAUGCAAUAUAUGAAAAUGGGACAUUCUGGAACUGCUGGUCAGGGGACUUUGUCGCCCUGUUCACUAAGGGCCAGAUUUUCAGCAGCCAAGGACAUCCAUACCCAAGUGAAUGUGAUGGGACUUAAAGAAGUGAACUAAGACAAUUCACUCUGGCUGUUUGAACAGCAGCGUUUCAUAGGAAGAGAAAAAAAGAUCAAUCUUGUAUUUUCUGACCACAUAAAGGCUUCUUCUCUUUGUAAUAAAGUAGAAAAGCUCUCCUCACUGCAGUGUUGACUUUGAUUUGACAUUGUGAAAUUUCGUCUUCAAAAAAACAACCCCUGAAGUUUUACAAAUAUCAAACUGAAUGGUGUGACUGAACAAUUUAAAAUGUAGUUGUUGUUUUUUUCAGCUUUUGACAAGUAGUUUAAUAGAACCAUAUACCAAUUUACUUGUAGGUUAAUAAUGUAGACAGUAUUAACCAAGUUCAAAGCAGAGAAAACUAUUUUUAAGUGAAUUAUGGCAACAUUAGAAAUAAAAUUUCCUGAACACUCUUGGAACCCAAUCAAAAUAGUUUUCUUUUGUGAGAAAUUUAUGAGAAACUUCUUGAUAGACCUUGAGAUUUAUCUUUAAGAAGUAAUAUGCAAAUUAAGGUAAGCCAAAAGUGGAGGUGGGUUGACUUUCCCUUCAGUUUGCUGGCCUGGAUAUUUCACAUUUACAAGUUGAUGGGUUCUUUUCCAUCUAAAGGUAAAUACCAUAUUUUAAAAUGUCUGAAGACUGAAGCUACAAAAACAACUAGAGAGAGUAAAAAUGGCAGUUUUUAUUUAAAUUUUCAUUUUUAACGUAUUUUUCUAUGAUGAAGAGUGGAAGUGUUGACAUUUACCAAAUCAUGUUUGAAAAUGAAACAUUUAUAUCAUUGCUGUUUGUGUAUCAGGAAUAUACUUAAGGUAGACAUUUUUCUAUGUAUUUUGAAAUACAAAAAACAAAAAUACCAGGAUUUUUUAAUCUUUCAGAUUUAAACCAAAGCACCUCCUUUGUAGGAAAGAUGGCACUUAGGUGAUUAUAGUUCUAAUUAUUGUACAGAAAACCUAACACAUACCCUGUUUGGCAUAAACCAGAGUCAAAUACUAUAAACUGAUUUUUAAAGAUUACUUUUUUAAAUAAUUUACUUGUUAAAGUGUAACUUUUCCUACAGAACCAUGAGAAAGGUAGAAAAUGGAAGGACCUCUUUAUUAUGAGUACAAACAACUGUAUAUAUAUAAUGUUGCCAUGAUCAUGAUUGCUACUGUGUGAAUGACUCAGAAAAGCAAGGUAGCUCUUACCAAGUGGUUUACUGUGUUGACUUUAACUGUUUAACUGACAUAUAGAAAGUUUUAAGUGCACACUUUUCUAGUCUUCUGGAUUUUGUUUACCCCCAGUCAUCAGAACGAGAAAACUCUUGCAUGUAAAGCAACUUUUUAUAACUUGUUAACAUCAGAAAUUACCAGGCUCUGGACUUCAAAUCCAAGUUUUAAAAUUCUAUUUGAAACCUUUAAAGUACUGUAUUAAACUCUUGAAUAU